AAAAGGUGGGAAGAGAGAGAUAACAGUGAAAGAGAGACGUUGGGAGUUCUUAGCAUUUAGCUCCAUUUUUACAGUUAUUCCUUCAAUUUUCAAAUCAAAUUUCACAACAAGUGCAAAAGAUAGUAACAAAGAUUCUUAAAGAUCAUAUUUUUAAGGCCCACUCUUUCCUCCUUUAGUAAAAAUCCCCAGCUUAAUAUAAAGCUUUCACUCUUCCCCAUUCAAAAGCUCUGAUGUUUCUUCAGGAUUCAAACUUUAAUUUUUGGGUUUCAAAUUCUUCUUGAAAUUUUACCUUAAUUUACACUUGGGGAAAUCUAAAAAUCCGAAAAUUGAAGCUUUUUGAUGAUGGGCACCUCGUUUAGGAAAGAUGAUGGUCUGGUUUUGACUACUGAGUCAACUGGGUUAGCCACCGACUCAGUCACCGAGUCAAGUACUGAGCGUAGAAGAAGCAGGGACAGUGUCUCUGAUAGUAGACCAAGUUCUGAAGUACUUACUAAUUUAGGAAAUAAAUCCUCAGCUUCUCCUCCUCUUUUGGGGUGGCCUAUUAAAAAAGCUGCAAUUCCCAGAAAACCCAUUGUUUCCGGGUCACAAAAGCCCGUUUUAGCUGACGAUUCUGAGCUCAAGAAGCAUAAUUUUAACAUUUCUGAGAUGGAGAUGAUGAAAGAGAGGUUUGCAAAGCUGUUGCUUGGAGAAGAUAUGUCAGGAAGUGGGAAAGGGGUUUCUACUGCAUUAGCUGUUUCCAAUGCAAUUACUAAUUUAUGCGCUACAAUAUUCGGGCAAUUAUGGAGGCUAGAGCCGUUGCCCAUCGAAAAGAAAUCGAUGUGGCGAAGAGAGAUGGAGUGGCUGCUAUGUGUUGGUGAUCACAUUGUUGAGUUGAUACCAACUUGGCAGACUUUUCCUGAUGGGAAAAAGCUGGAGAUUAUGACUUGCAGACCUCGGACAGAUAUCUUCAUUAAUCUUCCGGCUCUUCGCAAGCUUGACAAUAUGCUCAUUGAUAUACUGGGUAGUUUCUGCAAGACAGACUUUUGGUAUGUUGAUCAAGGAAUUGUAGCCUCAGAUUCAGAUGGCUCAUCUUCUUUCCGAAAAACAUUACAUAGGCAAGAGGAGAAGUGGUGGCUACCGGUACCUCGGGUACCUGCAGGUGGCCUACAAGAGAAUUCUAGGAAGCAGCUUGAUCAUAAACGUGAAUGCACCCACCAAAUACUCAAAGCAGCCAUGUCUAUCAACAGCAUGGUUUUAGCUGAAAUGGAUGUUCCUGAAUCCUUCUUGGAAACCCUUCCAAAGAAUGGAAGAGCAUGCCUAGGAGACAUGAUAUACCGGUAUAUCACAUCAGACCACUUCUCUCCUGAUUGUUUGCUUGAUUGCCUCGACCUAUCAUCUGAGCAUGUUGCUCUUGAAAUAGCAAAUCGUGUGGAAGCAGCUAUAUAUGUCUGGAGACGAAGACACCAUCCAAAACCCGUUACUAAUAAUCCCAAUCGAACCACCACAAAAUCAUCAUGGGGAAUGGUCAAGGAUCUAAUGGCUGAUGGAGGAGAUAAAAGAGAGCUCCUCGCUGAAAGAGCUGAAAGGUUGUUGCUAUGCUUGAAGCAGCGGUUCCCUGGCCUCACACAAACUUCUCUAGAUACUAGUAAAAUCCAGUUCAACAAGGACAUAGGAAAAUCCAUUCUGGAAAGCUACUCAAGAGUUUUGGAGAGCUUGGCUUUUAACAUCGUGGCACGCAUAGAUGAUCUGCUAUAUGUUGAUGACUUAACAAAACAUACAGAUAAGUUAUCCUCAGCACCGAAUGUGAGUGUCAUGGCUCAUAAGAAGGUUUCAAUACCACAUUCCGUGCCUUCCUCGUGCACACCAUAUGGAUCAUCUAUUAACACUCCGAGCUUCUCACCUGCACAUCUAAUCAGCCCAGCAAGGGGUGUAGACAGAACUCCUUUUGUUAACCGCGAGAUUAGUAAGCCUCACAAGCGCGGUAUUGGGGUUAAGAGAGUACUCACUAACUACCUAGGUGGUGAGUUAAAGCCAAAGAGUUCUGCAAACCAAAUAGAAGCUAGUCUUCCUGCAACAAAGUCAAGUAUUGGGUCACCUGCAUCAUCUCUUGAUGAUGCAGAGAACAUUGAUCCUCAGAGAGUCUCGAUAACCCACCAGAAACCAAGCAGAUUUCGAUGAAAUCUACAAAAGGUUUCUUGUUUAACUGACACAUAGUGAUCAUAUUUAAAAUAUUUUCAGGAUUUUUUUGUUUUUUUUGAUUGGGAGGUUUUAGGAUACUGUCAUGUUGUUUGUAGUUCCCUUGUGUGUUGAAUUUAUUUGUCCAAAAUAUGUAUCUAUGUAGAGUUCAUAUUGAGAAUAUAAAGAUCUUUUGCUUGUUCA